AAAGAGAAGGUAGUUAAGAAAAUAAUGAUAGUGAGUGUGAAUAAAAGGUAGGACUAGGAUAGGAGGGUGGAAGGAAAUAGGAUUUAUUAAGAUAGAUUUAAGAAGAAGGGAAGGGUAGCUGGUGUUGAAAGCUGUUGCGCUUGUGCCAGUAGUACUAAAGAAACUACAAACAACAAUAAACUCCGUCUCUCUUCUCUUUAUUUCCUUCGCUUCCCUACCCUAUUCUCAAACAAAUUCUAUCUUGCAUCGCACCAAUAUUGAAAUCAUGGUACUGCAAGGGUUGUGAAAGCUAGAUACUAAUUAGAGGUCGUUUAAAGAAAGAGAAACCAUAGUAUAGAUUUGAUCUAAUUGAUUAUUAGAAUUUGAUGAUUUAAUUAAGCGCAGAAGUUGCCUUGGUGUGUGAGGGACAAGAGAGAGAGAGAGAGAGGGGGGGGAUCGGAAAAGAUGUCAUCAUCAUCGAAUUCGCCGUGCGCGGCGUGCAAGUUCCUGAGGCGAAAGUGCACGCAAGAGUGCGUGUUCGCGCCGUACUUUCCGCCGGACAACCCUCAGAGGUUUGCUUACGUGCACAAGGUUUUCGGCGCCAGCAACGUGGCCAAGCUCCUCAACGAGCUCAGCGCGGCGCAGCGAGACGACGCCGUAAAGUCCCUCGCGUACGAGGCGGAGGCGCGUCUCCGGGACCCCGUCUACGGCUGCGUGGGCCUCAUCUCCGUCCUCCAACACAAGCUCCGGCAGAUCCAGGUGGAACUCAACAAUGCCAAGAAGGAACUCGCCACCUAUAUUGGCCCACAAGCCUUUCAGCCCAUGCCCGGCCCCAUUCUCCAACACCACCCCAACAACCCUUUCCCCUCUCCCCUCUACGCCAACAUGGCGGCGGCCGCUCCCGCCGCUCACGGAGGCCAGUUGAUCAUCCGCGACGCCCAGCCUCCGCCGCCGCAGCAGCAGUCGCAGAUCUUGGAGGCCCAGCAGUUGGCUGCGGCUGUCGCCGCAAGAGAGCAGCAGGAGAUGUUUAGAAGCUACGAGCACCAACAGCAGCAGGAGUUUCUACGGUUCAGUGGUGGGUUCGAUGUGGGUUCGGCUUCUUCUGCUGGUGGGUUCAGCCAGGUGUCCCAACCUGCUGGUUCUGCUGAUCAGUUGUCUCCUUCGUUGGCUUUGGGACACUUCGACAACGCUUAUCACAUGCAACAACCACAACAAGGAGACCCUCAUCCUCAUUCUCAUCAUAUUCCCUUUGAGGCUCAGCUUCUUCAACUCCCUCCGCAGCAAAAGCAAGGGCAGCAACAAACCCAGCACCAGCAGUCGCAGCUGCCCCUUCAGUCUGAGAACGACGAGUGUAGGAGUGUUGGUCCAUCUUGUUGAUUUCCAAUUUUGCUGCCGCUGCGCCUUUAUGCUUUUUCAUCAAACAAUUUUCAGCCUAGUUCUUACCUGCCGGCCGGAUUCAAAUGGAUAGCAAGAGAGAGGGGGUGAAGCACACGUGCGAGAUUCAUUAAUCCGCUUCAGUUUGCUUGCCUUUGAAGGAGACUACCAAUGUAGAAACAACUGCAAAAGUAAGAUAUUCACUGAUCUUGGGGAUCUAUUGUCUUCUUCUUUUAUUUUUUCUUAAACAAUUUAAAGCAGUAGCUAUGCUUUGUCUCUUUUCUUUUUGUCAAAAACUAAAUUGUAAAUCAGAAUUGUUCAGAAUGCUCUUAAAGGCAAAGGCCUUUAUCUCCGUCCUGUUUUGUCAAAUCCUUUCUAUCACCUUUAGAUUUAAGUGUGGAAGAAAGAUUUGCAACACACUGCUAUCCGAUACAUUUGAGUAAA